ACAUCCCAACUCUCAUACUUUCUCUUCUUCUCCCCUCUCCUUGUCGUUUAUUAAUUAUCUCUCCUCUUUGCUAUUUCUCUCUCUCUCUUUCUUGAUUUGCAGAUCUUAUUCUGCUCGACCAAGUUUGUUCCUUUUGGCAUAAUUUGAGGGUUAAUUCCCCAUAAAUUCUUACUUUAUCUUGUUCUUGUGUCGGUUAGGGUUUCAGGAAAACCCCUCUUUUGUCUUGUCUCCUCAAAAUCAGUGGUUUAUUUCUCAAUAAUAAAAGAGGGUUUUCUUCAAAUCUUCUCUUACUAGUCUCUCUCUCUAUAUAAAUUCUUCCAACUCUCCGAAAUGAUCAGAAGCUCUUUGUUAUUAUCUCUUGACCUACACACAGACGAAUAAGAGAAAGUGAUCAAAGGAAUUAGGGACCGAGAAUUCGAGAUGAACAAGAGUAAUCCUGCUGGUUCAGUUACCGGUUCGGAUAUAAUUGACGCAAAGAUCGAAGAGCAUCAACUUUGUGGAUCCAAUAAGUGUCCCAGCUGCGGCCACAAGCUCGAGGGCAAACCACAGAAUUGGGUUGGUUUACCCGCAGGAGUGAAAUUUGACCCAACGGAUCAAGAGUUGAUAGAACAUUUAGAAGCAAAAGUCUUAGUUAAAGAAAUGAAAUCUCACCCUCUAAUUGACGAAUUCAUCCCCACCAUUGAAGGCGAAGACGGCAUCUGUUACACGCAUCCCGAGAAACUUCCCGGAGUGACUAGAGAUGGUUUAAGCAGACACUUCUUUCAUAGACCCUCAAAGGCGUAUACGACGGGAACAAGAAAGCGAAGAAAGAUUCAAACGGAAUGUGACAAUAGUCUGCAUGGAAGUAGUAGUUCCGGGGAGACGAGAUGGCAUAAGACCGGUAAGACAAGACCGGUUAUGCUAAACGGUAAGCAAAAAGGUUGCAAAAAGAUUUUGGUUUUGUAUACCAAUUUUGGUAAGAAUCGAAAACCGGAGAAAACCAAUUGGGUAAUGCAUCAAUAUCAUUUGGGGACACAUGAGGAAGAGAGAGAAGGAGAGCUUGUUGUGUCUAAGAUCUUUUAUCAGACUCAGCCUAGGCAAUGCAAUUGGUCGUCAUCUACGUCAAGUCUGAACGCUAUAGGUGGUGGUGGCGGUGAAGCGAAUAGUGGCGGAGGCGGCGGAGAGUAUAAUAUGAGGAGAGAUAGUGGCACUACCAGUGGUGGGAGUUGUUCUUCGUCUAGAGAGAUUAUGAAUGUUAAUCCUACAAAUCGAUCUGAUAUAGUAGGUGGUGUUGGUGGUGGUGCUAUGGCUGUAGCGGCUGCUGCGGCAGCGGUUGUGGCUGGUCUCCCGAGUUAUUCAAUGGAUCAACUAAGCUUUGUUCCUUUUAUGAAGAGCUUCGAUGAGGUGUCGAGGAGGGAAACUCUUCACACCGGGCAAGCUACAUGUGAGGAUGUUAUGGCAGAACAACUUCGUCAUCGUCAUCAAGCAUCACCAUCAUCAACAUCACAUCAUGUGGCUCAUCAUCAGCAUCACCAUCAGCAACAACAACGGUAUCAUGCAUUCAACAUAAACCAGCCUACACAUCCAAUAUCAACCAUCAUUUCUCCAUCUACAUCGCUUCACCAUGCCCCCAUUAAUAUCCUCGACGAUAAUCCUUAUCAUGUUCAUAGAAUUUUGCUCCCUAAUGAAAAUUACCAGGCACAACAACAACAAGACCACGAAAGAGACGAGCAACACAAUGAUGGGAAGAUGGGAGGAAGGUCAGCUUCUGGAUUGGAAGAACUCAUAAUGGGCUGCUCUUCUUCGAACACUCAUCAUGAUGUAAAAGAUGGAUCAUCAUCAAUGGGGAACCAACAAGAAGCAGAAUGGUUGAAGUACUCUACAACAUUUUGGCCAGCCCCUGACUCUUCUGGCAAUCAAGAUCAUCAUGGGUAAUUGUGCUAUUUUCCAGUCUGAUGAUUAUGACCCUCAUCACAAAAUAUAUGCUGUUGCCACCAAUACCUAUCAUGGUGGUUAUCUUCAUCGUCGUCAUCAUCAUAACAUCUCCACGGAAAAUGGUAAAUCGAUCGAUCUUGGACCAAAGAAGUUAUAUAUAUGCAUGAAUUUGACAUGGUGAAGGGUCUUUAAGCCGAGCAAAAAAACAAAAGUAUAAUCUGUUUUUUGAAAAAGAAGAGAAAAAAAACAAGGAAAUUUGCAUCAAAAUCAUCAAUAGUGCUAUAUAGAACUAUAUAAAGUAUGUUUAUUUUUAAAUUCAUUUCCUUUGUUCUUUAAAUAUCUUCGUCUGUUUUUUCUUUCUUUAGAAUGAACUGUAUAAUCUGCUUUUUGUUUAAUAUAUAUGUUGGUAAAUAAUAUUGAUUACUUGUUACU